UGUGUCCUCAAAACUCUGUUCUCACUUCUUCCUCCCCGCGAUAUUUUUCUUCCUUCCAUCUCUGUUUUCCCUCUUCUCUCUUUCUCAUUCUCAACUCCGUCUCCGGCUAUCGCUUCUCUCCGAUCAAGUUUUCGAUUUUCCUGGCUAUGGAAUCUCUGAUCAACGCUUCUUCUGCUGCGAUCGUUUCCUCUUCUUCCUCUUUUCCUAUAUCUUCUCCUAUCAGGAACCUUCCUCUUAGAUCUUUCCAAGUUCCGCACGCCUCCAAAGGUAACGACAAUGAAUCUGAUUCUCAGUCUGAUUCGAACAAUAUCAGGAACCUUCCAAUCCUCAGUAAACGGCAUCUCUCCCUUUCUCCUCUUUCCAAGGAUGUCGCAAUGGGAAUGGUGCUUAGUGCAGCCACGGGAAGAGGGUGGACGACAGGGUCUGGCAUGGAAGGUCCCCCAGCUCCGGCUGGGCUGGAGGCCAAAUCAGGCACAGAGAAUGUAUCCACUUUCCCAUGGUCUCUUUUCACAAAAUCUCCUCGGCGAAGAAUGCUUGUGGCUUUUACUUGUAACAUUUGUGGGCAACGAACAACACGGGCGAUUAACCCCCAUGCUUAUACUGAUGGCACUGUAUUUGUGCAGUGUUGUGGAUGCAACGCAUACCACAAGCUCGUGGACAACUUGAACCUAUUUCAUGAGAUGAAAUGCUACAUCAACCCAAGUUUUAACUAUGGGAGUAAUGGAUGGGGUGAUGUGAACUUCAAAUAUCUGGAUGUGGAAGAAGAUGGAAACGACGAUAUUUUCCCAAUACAAUGAGGUAAAUACUACGCUCAACUGCUCACUGAGUAUGUACAUUCUGGACUCAUCAGUACAAGAACAAUUAUUUGUUAUGUAUAUUGUUCUAUAUAUCAAAUAGGAACCCGAUUUGAACAUAGAAAUUGAAUACAUAGAUUCUGCAGGUCGCAAUCAGUAAAACAAAUUUUAAAAGCA